AUGCUGAUUAAUGUUAAGUCAGCAGUGCACACAGGUGCUCUGAGAGACCCGGGAAGUCUUUACUCUAAUAAUGUGAAUGCAAUUUGGUCGCCCCUGACUGCUGCCUCCAGUGGUGAGACAAUCCAAAACAUUGCACAGGCCUCAGAGACCACCUGCUUGCAAUCGUGCAACGAUCUUCGUUCAGUAAGUUGCAUGGCUUAAAAAAUAUAUAAAUAUAAAAAAUAAUAUUUAUGCCAAAUAUGCAAAAAGUUUAUUUGUUUGAUGUAUUAACUAACAGUUUGUAAAGCAUGCAAUUAAGGAAAGUUGUCAGAUAUGGAAAAUAUAUGAAAUGCAAUAAAAAGAAUAUUUCGCCCAUAUUUUUUUAGUUUUCUUCAUUUGCAUACAAUCACUAAAUACUGUAAUCUAUUAUUUAAAAAUACAUCUCAUUAUUGAAAAUAUAACCAUCUUUUUUCUGGUACACUCUCUUGAUCGAAAUUAUAAGGGGA